AUGGGACCCGUCUGCCCCAUGUGCAACCAACCAGUUGACCAGGAGCUCCUCGAGGACUUCAAGAAGAAACACCCUCGUAUGACCCUCCAGCAGGAACAGAGGUUCUGCCAAAGUCAUAAGAAGAAGUCGGCGAGAGAAACGUGGCAUGAUAAAGGGUAUCCGGACAUUGAAUGGAGCUCACUGGACCGGCGGAUCUCAAAGAAAUUCAGCUUCUUGAGGGGAAUCCUCGAGGGCGACAGGUCUCACUUUGGCGAUAUCUUCAGCCAAAAAGUCCGGAUUGGUCAGAACAAAACGCUCCUAAAGUCCGAAGCCAACCUAACUCCCGGCUACUACGGCAUUCGCGGGCUCAGGGCCAUGUCUGAGGCCAUCAUUCGGGAGUUCUCGUCGCUCUUGCGGAAGAGGGCGGUGCAAGACAGACUAGUGUCGGCGAGAGGCCACACUGCCUAUGUCCAGGCCGUCUUGGUGCCCGAGCUCACUGUUCGGCUCGUAAUGGAGGACAUGGACGUUGGCGAGGAAGAGGCUCAGUCAAUCAUGGCGGAUAGCAUCUGGGUAGGCGAGCUCCUGAACGAGGAGGUUGCCGACGUAGUCAUGAGUGACGAUGACAGCUCGUCGCUAUCCACCCACUCGCUCUCAGAUAGUGAAGCCGACUAG